GGAACGGAUAUAUAGCUUUGCAGUUUCCGCCGGACGAAAGACGCGGUUACACGUCUUGCGGCGGCUUAGUGCGCGAUGGGUUGAGAUUAUCUGGCUGAAAGAGAAGACGGAGAUGCUGGUGCUUGGGCGAACACCGUGCUGUCUAGUGGCACGACCGCAAUUCUUCCGUGAUGUUUUACGGAGCGACGUGUCCUGGCUAAAGGCUUACACAAAACCGUUCAGCACAACUGUGAAUGCCUACUGCAAAGAAGAUAAUGGGAAAGGACCACUGAAAUUUUCUGGAAGUAAAGCAGACCCUCGUUACUGGAAAGUGGAAAAGUCACUAGGUUCCAAUUACCUUCGGGCAUGGUGGACAGUAGUUCCCAUCAGUAUACUAGGACUGGUCACAUUUUUUUGGUGUUUUUCACGAGAAGAAAGGGAAGUUGACCAGAAGCUGCUUACAGGAAUGCAAGACUAUUGGCCAAACAGUUUAGAGUCAGUCCAGGAUGGUUCAAAUGGAUCUCAAGAAAGCAGUAAUUCAAGAGAAUUGUGAGCAGUUGGGGUGUAACAUUUUCCAUGACAAGGUUUUGGGAUUGUGAUAAAUAAAAAAGUGCAUAAACUGGA